UUUUUCCUGGCCAAAAUUCAUACCUCCACACGCCGGGACAUCCCAAAAUACAAACCCAAAGCAUUAACGGUGUCAAUGCUAAGGGGAGUCCCGUGCUCGCACUCCACAAUCAUGGCCAGCACAGCACGUCUUUCCGACCACAUAUGCCGGCCAAUACCCGCCGUCUGCUUUAGUUUCCGCCACCCGAGCGCCGCCAAACUCGUCGGGAAGCCUCUCGCUCGUCCCAAAUAUUUUAGAACCGGAAGCAUAACCUUUAAAACCGACCAAACUUUAAAGCAGACUGUUAGACUAAGCUUGGUGGACCAAAGCCCGCCAAAAUCAACGGUCGACGUGAAACGGCUGGUGGGAUUCUUGUACGAAGAUCUGCCUCAUCUGUUUGAUGAUCAAGGAAUUGACCGGACAGCGUAUGAUGAACGUGUGAAAUUCCGGGACCCCAUCACCAAACAUGACACUAUAAGUGGGUAUCUCUUUAACAUAGCCCUCCUGAGGAAAAUCUUCGGGCCAGAUUUCCAGUUGCACUGGGUAAAGCAGACAGGGCCUUAUGAAAUCACUACAAGGUGGACUAUGGUGAUGAGAUUCAUUCUUCUGCCAUGGAAACCAGAAUUAGUCUUCACAGGAACCUCUGUCAUGGGCAUCAACCCAGAUACUGAGAAGUUCUGCAGCCAUGUGGACUUUUGGGACUCUAUAGAAAGAAAUAACUAUUUUUCUCUUGAAGGUUUGUGGGAUGUCAUAAGGCAGUUAUGUGUAGAUUAUAAUUUUCUGCAGCUGCGGAUUUAUAAGACUCCAGAUUUGGAAACACCAGAAUAUCAGAUACUGAAAAGGACUGUAAAUUAUGAGGUAAGAAAGUACAGCUCAUUUAUAGUGGUGGAAACAAGUGGAGACAAGCUGUCUGGGUCAAAUGGCUUUAAUGAUGUUGCCGGGUAUAUAUUUGGAAAUAAUUCUACAAUGGAAAAGAUACCAAUGACAACCCCAGUCUUCACCCAGGCAUUUGAUGCUGAAUUAUCCAAGGUGUCCAUCCAAAUUGUUCUUCCAGAAGAGAAAAAAUUGAGCAGUUUACCAAAUCCCGAUAAAGAAGCAAUCUGCUUGAGGAAGGUACAAGGAGGCAUUGCUGCAGUCUUAAAGUUCAGUGGGAAACCCACUGAAGAUAUUGUUCGUGAGAAAGAGAAGAAACUGCGUUCUUGUCUUAUUAGAGAUGGUCUCAAACCUAAAAUGGGCUGUUUGCUUGCUCGCUACAAUGAUCCUGGGCGUACAUGGAGCUUCAUAAUGAGACUCUGCAGAUAUGCUGCAGUGAAUAUGGUUGCUUGUUUAUAGAUUGAUACAAAAGUAUUAAAGGUUAUUCUCGAUAUAUCUCAUUUUAGUCACUGGAACCAUUCUUUGUUUAUGUUUUGUGAGUGGUAACCAUGCAGAAGAAUGAAGUGCUAAUAUGGCUUGAAGAGUUCUCCUUGGAUUAGUGUAUUGUAUGCACACUUCCUGUUGAUGUAGUCCUGAUUCCUUUUGUUUGCCAUGAGUUCCGAGUGUUAUAGGAGAUAUAAAGUAGCAUUCCCCAAGAGCUACUUGUUUGUGUCUGCAAUGUCAAUUUGUAAAGAAAUUACCUUCUCAUAGUUAAUACCCUCUCAUUUCUAAGUUA